AUGCUAACUUAUACAGAUUUUUGUCUUAAACUAGUUAAAAUAAUAAAAGAUGAAAAAAUAGAGUCAUCAACUUUGAAAACUUUGGUUGAUGAAACAAUCGAUUUAUUAGAAAAACAAUAACCUCCAAUUGAUCAAUAUGUAAUUAUUGUCAGUAAUAGGAGGAAGAAGUAAUUGCCAAAGAGUUAUAGUUUUACAGAACUGAAUGCCAAUAUCUUAACAAGCUAAGAAUCUCAUUAUAAAUUCAAGUGAAGGUAAUAUGAAUAAAUAUUUAGCAAUUGUAAAGAUAAUUAUUUGAAGAGAAAGAAGCUAAUAGUGAAUUAAUUAAUAUUCUAAAAACAUAGAAACAAGAAUAACUUUUAAAUUAAAUAAAACCUGAGGGGUUGAAUAAUAUUAUUCAGAGAAAUGAACCUUCAAAAUUAACAAAUCGACAACCUAAAGACUGUAUUUUUUUCUUUUAUUUCAUUUGCAUAUAGAAUUUAGCAUUACAUAGAGAUAACCUUUAUUACCUUAAACUGCUAAAUAGUCAUAACGAGCUCCUCAUCUUACAAUAGAAAUUAAAAAUAUACGAACUCCAUUACUAGAGCAAUAAGAUCCUAAAAAUCUCAAAGAAUUGUUCGAUUAAUGUGUGUAACAACUGUAUAGGGACAAUUGUAUGAAAGGAAAUCAUAUAAAAAAAAAUAGGCAAAGUUGUAGCAGAGAUCACUCAGGAUAAUUUUAAUUGGCUGAAGAAGAGAAAGAUGUUAUAUUUUCAAAACUAAAUAUUAAAACUUUGACUGAAAAGUAUUAAUGUGCUAAUGAUUCUAGAUUUUUCCUAAAUCCUCAUUUUAUAAGAAUGAUUGAAGCCUAAAUUUUUGACAUAAAGUGUUGUAAUAAUGUGGCAUGUCUCUAUAAUAUAAGGGAGCCCUAAUAAACUACAGAGGUUUUGCAAAAUUAGAAUGAAAGUAAAGUUCUCCAAAUUCCUAAGAAAAUAUCACAAUUUCGAUAAGAUCACAGAAGUAAAAGUGUAGGAAGACAUGACGGUAUAAUAAAAUAAUCAUCUUAGAUUAAAAACUACAGUACUAGUAUUUAUUCGCAGACGUAUUACGUUUAGAAAGAGAAUUAUGUGGAACUCCAAAACAAAAUAAAACUAGAUAUAUAGAAUUAAGCAACUAAUUAAAAGAUGCUCGCGAUAAACUCUAUUAAUUAUAAUGCAAGAUUUUAAAUUGA